CUCCCGAUUAUGGCUGAGACUCAGCAUGAACACUAUCGCAUGGGCUUGUUGAAUGAUCUGGCGGUGAUGGACCAGCUGAUGUGGCAGCUCAAGCAUCAGUUGGAACAUGAAGCCACAAUCAACGAGCUAGAGGCCAUACAAAACGAAGAACAACGCCGUCGAAACGUAGAACCUUUCUGUUCUGAUCUCGGUAUCGCGUCUUUUAUCUCUUCAAAUUCGCUUUGUCUUUCAGUCGAUCAUUAGAUUUAUGCAAUGAUAGUUUUGCAAGUCCAACGAACUCCUAUUGGAAAUCCACCGCAGGCCAUCAUGCGUGGAUCUAAGGAAUUGCGAACGCGUCUUGGUAAUUUAGAAAAGCCGAGCUUGGUACGACGUGGCUGUCAAAAUAUGUUUCUGCCGAGCUCCGUCCCGACGGAUAAGUAUUCAGCUUCGAAAGAUCCACAGAUGCGACAUUCCUUUUGUGCUGUCUGAUACACACAGCUGGCUUAAAUGCUGGGCCUGCAAAUACACUUCGGCAAUAGCGAGUAUCGUGAACUAGGUAGCCUUACCGCCUAGAAGCGAUUAUAGUCCCUUCAAUUCACAGUAUUAACGUUGUUCGAAAUCUUAUUGCUUGCAAAAAUGCGCAAUAGCCAGCAACACACUGCCUUCAUGCGAUGAAGACGAACAACCACCUGUGACGCUUUACUAUCAUUUGAUCAACACGUGUACUGCACGACAAGCACCAGCUACGUCCAGCAGAUUCUCUCAAUGUAUUUGCCCCGGGAGCCUUCCCGUCU